AGUACUACAACAAAAAGAUUUUGACCAGUCUUCUCAAUCACACACCCACAUGAAAAACAUAAAAGAAAAUAAAUCAAACUAUCCCCAAAACUUAAACACACACUACACCUAUCCCCACCUCAAGACAAUCCCUUUCUUCUCCCCUUUCUCCAACACCUACCAAAAGCCUCUCUCUCUCUACACUAAUCUCUCUCUACACUAAUCUCUCUCUAGUUCUUGAUUUUUUCAAGAUUAUUUCAAGAAAAAAAAAAACAUGGCUGACCAAAGUGGUGGGUUGGUUAUGAUGAGAGAGUACAGAAAAGGUAAUUGGACUCUAAACGAGACCAUGGUCCUCAUUGAAGCCAAGAAGAUGGAUGACGAGAGGCGGAUGCGACGGUCCAUUGGCCUUCCACCGCCGGAGCAGCAACAAGACAGCCGUAGUAGUAAUAAACCAGCUGAGCUACGGUGGAAGUGGAUAGAAGACUACUGUUGGAGAAAAGGCUGUAUGAGGAGUCAGAAUCAGUGCAAUGACAAAUGGGAUAAUCUCAUGAGAGACUACAAAAAGGUUAGAGAGUACGAGAGACGAAGGGUAGAAUCGUCUUUUACCGCCGCUGAGUCGUCUUCAUCUUCAGCUGCUGCUGCCGCCGCCUCUGCUGGGGAUACGCCGUCGUACUGGAAGAUGGAGAAAAGUGAGAGGAAAGAGAGAAACUUGCCGAGUAAUAUGUUGCCUCAGACAUNUACAAAAAAACUAAAAAUUGGUCAAUGCCGGAGUCAACAUCGGUGUUUGCCGAUUUAA